CUAAUGAAUAACGGGACAGAAGUGACACAGUUCAUCCUGCUGGGAAUCACUGAUGACCCAGACCUGCAGGCUCCCCUCUUUAUCACCUUCCUCCUCAUCUACACCAUCACUCUUUGGGGGAACCUGGGCAUGAUCCUGCUGAUUUGCAUGGACUCUCAGCUCCACACUCCCAUGUACUGUUUCCUAGGUAACCUUUCUCUGGUGGACUUUUGUUACUCCUCAGCUGUCACUCCCACAGUCAUGGUUAGACUCCUCACAGGUGAUACAGUUAUUUCCUACAAUGACUGUGCUGCUCAGAUGUUCUUUUUUGGAACCUUUGCUACUGUAGAAAAUUACCUGUUGGCCUCCAUGGCUUAUUAUCACUAUGCAGCAGUGUGCAAGCCCCUGCACUAUGCCACCACCAUGACUACAGGUGUCUGUGCAUUGCUGGUCAUUGGCCCAUAUGUCAUAGGUUUCCUGAAUGCCUGCAUUCACGUUGGGGACAUAUUCAGUCUCACUUUCUGUAAGUCCAACAUGGUCCACCACUUUUUCUGUGAUGUUCCAGCACUCACGGUUCUUGCUUGCUUUGACAGUGAGAUUAGUGAACUGGUUCUUCUUUGUGUUGAGAGUUUAAAUAUCAUUUUUUCUGUCAUGGUUAUCGGGACUUCUUACAUGUUCAUUUUUGUCACCAUCCUAAAGAUGCACUCAGCCGCAGGCCAUCGCAAGGCUGUGUCCACCUGUGCCUCCCACUUCACUGCAGUCUCCAUCUUCUAUGGAAAUUUCAGCUUCAUGUACUUAAAGCCCAGCUCCAGUCACUCUAUGAACACAGACAAAAUAGCAUCUGUGUUCUACACCAUGGUCAUUCCCAUGCUGAAUCCUCUGGUCUACAGCCUGAGGGACACAGAAGUCAAGAGUGCAUUCUUAAAGGUAACGAGUGCAUUCUUUUGUUGGAGGCAUGAUUUUUAG